CCCCUAGCAACGAACGGUUGCUAGGGCCGCCAUGGACGCCACUUCCAGGCCUCUCUCUAUGCCUCCGCAGAUGGGGCUGUACGCGGAGAAACACCGGCUGUACCAACUGAUGCAGGGCAUCCUGGAAGGUUUGUUAAUCCACAAGCCGGAUCAGCCCUUAGACUUCUUGAUAAAACAGCUCACGCUAGACAAUGAGGAUGUUCCAAGGAUCCUUAUUCUUGGUCCUCCAGCCUCUGGGAAAACGACAAUUGCAAUGUGGCUUUGUAAACAAUUGGUAACCCCACGGAUCUCUCAGGAGACUUUGUUAGCCACUGAAUGGUCAUCCGUGGCCGUCGAAGCGCAGGAGUAUCAAGACAGACAGCAGAAAAUUCCGGACGUGCUGUUGGCUGAACUGAUUGACGAACGCCUGAAGGUCAAGGACUGUCUUCACAAUGGUUGGGUUAUGGAAGGGAUCCCCGAGACCCGAGAAUUUGCCUGGACCUUGCAGGGAAUGGGUAUCAUCCCCAGGCAUGUUGUGGUGCUAUAUGCUCCUGACACUGUGCUGAUCGAGAGGAAUCUUGGGAAAAGAGUGGACGUCGUCACCGGAGAGGUUUACCACACAACGUUCGACUGGCCCUCCAAUACCACCGUGCAGAAGAAUUUGGUGGCGCCUAAAGACAUCUCUGAAAAGGAGACCGCGAGGCGACUGCUGGAAUACCACCAAAACUAUCCAGGAAUUCUCCAGUCCUUCAGGAAGCCCAUGAAAUUGGUGAAUGCCGACCAGCCGUGUGCGGAUGUCUUCAUGCAGGUUCUGACUCAUGUCCAAUUUCCGCCUCGGACACCUGCCCCAUUUUCACCCCGGAUUCUCCUCUGUGGACCCCCAGGCUCUGGAAAAAGCCUUCAGGCAGCGUUACUAGCUCAGAAAUACGGCAUCAUCAAUGUUUGCUGCGGGCAACUGCUAAAGGAAGCUGUAGCCGGCGGUACAAAACUUGGAGAACUCAUUAAGCCGUACUUUGACAGUGGAUGGCCAGCUGCAGACAACAUUGUCGUGAAGCUGCUGUCAGAGCGACUGAACUGCCUGGACUGCCACCUCCGAGGCUGGGUGCUGCACGGGUUUCCCAGGGACGAGGACCAGGCGAAGAUGAUGAAGCAGGUGGAGAUUAAUCCAAACAGGGUGUUUUUCUUGACCCUCACCACCGAAACGAUUCUGGAGCGCCUGGCUUGCCGUAUGGUGGACCCAGUCACUGGGGAAAGGUACCACAAGCUGUACAAACCAGCUGCUACGAGGGAAACCCAUGACCGCCUCCUUAUACACCCAAGGGAUAUCGAAGAGAGCGUGAAACUCAAGGCGGACACUUACUUCCGGAUUUCUGGCACCCUGGAGACCUUCUUUGAAGAUGCUAUUUUUAUCAAUGCCGAUCAAGACCCCCAGACGGUCUUUGAGUACAUAGAGAGCUAUGUCGUUAACCCCCUCCCCAACAAGCAUUAAGG